CGGGCAGUGGGCGAGCCGUGGCCAAGGCGAGGGCUUGCUGGCAACACGAUGCAGUCCCCGCUGCUGCUUACUUUCUCGGCGUGCGUGCUGCUGGCCCGGGCACUGCUGGCUGCCGGCGCGAGUGGUGGCGGUAGGGACACUGGGCCAGGCAGCGGGCGCCGGCAGAGAGAGGUGCUGGCGGCUCAAAAGAUCGAGGUGCUUGUGCUGCUGCCCCGGGACGAUUCGUACUUGUUCUCGUUGGCUCGGGUGAAGCCGGCCAUCGAGUAUGCUCUGCGAAGCGUGGAGGGCAACGGCACCGGGAGGAGGCUACUGCCUCCGGGCACUCGCUUUCAGGUGGCCUACGAAGACUCGGACUGCGGUAACCGUGCGCUCUUCAGCCUGGUGGACCGCGUGGCGGCGGCGCGCGGCGCCAAGCCGGACCUCAUCCUGGGGCCGGUGUGCGAGUACGCGGCAGCGCCGGUGGCCCGGCUGGCGUCGCACUGGGACUUGCCAAUGCUGUCUGCAGGAGCGUUGGCCGCCGGCUUCCAGCACAAGGACACUGAGUACUCUCACCUCACACGCGUGGCGCCUGCCUAUGCCAAGAUGGGAGAGAUGAUGCUCGCCCUGUUCCGCCACCACCACUGGAGCCGGGCUGCCCUGGUCUACAGCGACGACAAACUCGAGAGGAAUUGCUACUUCACCCUCGAGGGGGUCCACGAGGUUUUCCAGGAGGAGGGUUUGCACACGUCUGCCUACAAUUUCGACGAGACCAAAGACUUGGACCUGGAUGACAUCGUGCGCUACAUCCAGAGCAGUGAGCGAGUGGUUAUCAUGUGUGCCAGUGGUGACACUAUUCGGAGCAUCAUGUUGGCAGUGCACAGACAUGGCAUGACCAGUGGAGACUACGCCUUCUUCAACAUCGAACUCUUCAAUAGUUCUUCCUAUGGAGAUGGCUCGUGGAAGAGAGGAGACAAACACGACUUUGAAGCUAAGCAAGCAUACUCAUCCCUCCAAACAGUCACCCUACUGAGGACCGUGAAACCUGAGUUUGAGAAGUUUUCCAUGGAGGUGAAAAGUUCUGUUGAGAAACAAGGGCUCAAUGAGGAGGAUUACGUGAACAUGUUUGUUGAAGGGUUCCAUGAUGCCAUCCUCCUCUACGUUCUGGCUUUACAUGAAGUACUCAGAGCUGGCUACAGCAAGAAGGAUGGGGGGAAAAUUAUCCAGCAGACCUGGAACAGGACUUUUGAAGGUAUCGCCGGGCAGGUGUCCAUAGACGCCAACGGGGACCGGUAUGGGGACUUCUCCGUGGUUGCCAUGACUGACACCGAAGCAGGCACGCAGGAGGUUAUUGGUGAUUACUUUGGAAAAGAAGGUCGGUUCAAAAUGCGAUCCAACGUAAAAUACCCUUGGGGGCCUUUGAAACUGAGAAUAGACGAAACCAGAAUUGCAGAGCAUACCAAUAGCUCUCCUUGCAAAUCAUCAGGUGGCCUAGAAGAAUCAGCAGUGACAGGAAUCGUGGUGGGGGCCCUCCUUGGUGCUGGUUUGCUUAUGGCUUUCUACUUUUUCAGGAAGAAAUACAGAAUAACCAUUGAGAGGCGAAAUCAGCAAGAAGAAAGGAACAUCGGGAAACAUCGGGAGCUACGUGAAGAUUCCAUCAGAUCUCACUUUUCGGUGGCUUAAAUGCCUCCACCCCCUUUGUCUGCUUGAGAGAUAGAUGGAAAGAAGGACAUCAGCAGUGCAGAAAGGGCAUUUGUGGAGAAUUCUUUGUUUUAAGCAGUAGUCAUUCACUUUAAAUUUCCUUUAGAAGCUCAGGAAUGAUUAUUAAUCACUAUCUGCCUCCUGGCCUUUCAUCUCAUGGCAAACACAUAUAAGGAUAUGAUGCCAUUCUAUUAGGUGUUCUGACUGCUGGAAGGACAUAGGAUUAGAUUUAUGUUUUGAAAAUCUGGCGUCUCCAUAUCUUGAUGGCUUUGGGGGCCUUCCCCACAAGGAUAUAAAAAUGUGGUUUUUAUGAAAGGAAAUGUUUUGUAGCUAGAAUAAAACACUUUUUACAAGUAGAAUAUUCUUGGAAAGAAUUUAACAUCCAAUAAGUGGACAAUGGAAUGAAAAAAAUCUGAAGGCUGGGAAUGCAGGGCUCCCUCUCUCUGGAGCCAGUGGACAGGUUUGUGGUGGACAAAGGCUGUGUCUAGUGUCCACAUUCAGGUCUGACUUCCUAUCUCCAGAAAGCAUUGUCCAUGUCUCCUUCGGUGUCUCAGAAAAGCUACUCUGGAAAAUUGUAAAUACUAGUGAGCUAGGAGGAUUUAUAGGAAAAGCGAGUCUAAAAUGUUUCCUUUAUGAUGUAAAAAAAGCCCUACUUCACGCUAACAUUUUAUUUUGAAGUAUUUUAAUCUUCUAUUUUGGUAUUAGAAAUGUGUCUAUUUUUUCAUUUUGAAGAUUAAAUUUCACUUAUAUUUUGAAAGCAU